AUGGAAAACGACCCGAAUAACACAGUAAGUAGAGACGUGUUUAGGCAAUUAGGCAAAACGGCGGGUCGCGAGACUGGACGAUGCAUGUCGGUGGCAGCGAUGCAGGCGCUACACCGGCUGCGCGAGUGUCGGCUCCUCUGCGAUGCGAUAGUCCGCGCGGAUGACGGCGCUGCUUUUCCCGUCCACCGCGCUAUACUCUCGGCCUGCAGUCCAUACUUUCUGGCGUUAUUUACAACUACUUUACACUCACGAGAGCAAAGCGAUGUGUUGAUAUCGGGUGUGCGUUCAGAAAUCCUGCUACUGCUGAUUGAAUAUGCUUAUCUCCGAAGAAUCGAAGUUACCGAUGUCAAUGUUCAUGAGCUGUUAAUGACCGCUGACUAUCUCGCCUUUCUUGGUGUUUUACAGCUCUGUUGUGAUCAUUUAAGAGCUUCACUUUGUCCAAAAAAUUGCCUCGGCAUUAUGAUGUUUGCCAGACGAGUAUUUUGCUAUAAACUGGAGGCUGAAUCUAGAAGAUAUUUGCUUCGAUACUUUGUAACUGUAGCGACGCAAAGUGAUGAAUUUCUUCACCUCCCAAUAGACGAACUAAAUAGCAUUAUACUUGAAGAUGAGCUAAAUGUUAAAAGUGAAGAAGUUGUGUGGGACGCCGUUUUGCGUUGGGUCAACUAUGACCCAGAUAUGCGUUGGCAUCACACCGUUAAGCUUAUGGGUAGCAUACGACUUGGAUUGCUGGAUACACAAUUUUUUCUCGAGAAUGUUAAAGAUCACCCAUAUGUAACAGGGAAUGAGGGUUCACGCCCAAUAAUUAUCGAAACUCUGAAGUUUCUCUACGACUUAGAAAUGAUUGCCCAGAGAGACGGUGAAGUAGCUACCCCGGAGAUAGCACGCCCUCGAGUUCCACAUGAAGUGUUGUUUGCGAUUGGAGGGUGGAGUGGUGGAUCACCGACAGCUUUUAUUGAAACAUAUGACACUCGAGCGGACCGCUGGAUAAAGGUGGAAGAGGUAGAUCCGGCCGGGCCACGCGCUUACCACGGCACAGCUGUACUUGGCAAUUGUAUUUAUGUCAUUGGCGGAUUCGAUGACAAGAUUUAUAUAACGGGUGGAUUUAAUGGACAAGAGUGUAUGAAUAGCGUAGAAGUAUAUGAUCCGGAUACAAAUCAGUGGACGAACUUGGCACCUAUGCGUUCCCGCCGCUCGGGUGUCUCUUGUAUUGCUUACCACAACAAGAUUUUCGUCAUUGGUGGCUUUAAUGGCAUAUCGAGAAUGUGUAGCGGAGAAGUGUUCGAUCCGAAUACGAACACAUGGUCGCCAGUACCGGACAUGUACAACCCUCGCAGUAACUUCGCUAUAGAAGUAAUUGAUGACAUGAUCUUCGCCAUAGGGGGUUUUAAUGGCGUCACUACUAUAUACCACGUAGAGUGCUAUGAUGAAAAAACUAAUGAAUGGUACGAAGCGACCGACAUGAACAUAUAUAGGUCGGCAUUGUCAGCAUGCGUGAUUAUGGGGCUGCCUAAUGUGUACGAUUACAUACACAAGCACCGUGAACGCCUUAUGGAAGAAAAACGCCAAAAAAUACUACUAUCUGAAACCGCUCGCCAUGCGCAACAUCGAACCGCUUUACCUGAUGUACAUUUAAUGGAAGACAAUGACGAUAUGCUGGAGCAGCUUGGGUUGAUGGAGAACCAGGCUAAUAAUGACCUACCGAUACCGCCGCCACCGCCUCAGCACAUGGAACAUGAUAGAAAU